AUGGCUGGUGGCAUUGGUCGUCUUGCAGAUUAUAAACCCUUUCGUGAUUUUCUAUGCUCUGUGUGCCAAAAGUUCGAACAGGUCUAUCUUAUGCUGGGAAACCAUGAGCUUUUUGGUGUCUCUCGCGAAGAAGGUCUUAAGCCUGCAGAGAAACUGCAAAACGACUCUGAGCUGAAAGACAAGUUGACUGUCAUGAAUCGAAAGCGGGCAGAUCUGGAAGACGUCACCCUUCUAGGAUGUACUCUUCACUCACACAUACGUCCAGAAUCAGGAGAUUUCGGUGAAGUCCUUGAUUCGCAUCGACAGCUCAGGUCGCAGCUCUACCGUUACCGCAGUUCAGAGGUGCUGUCCCAUAGUUACACGUCGCGACAGGACCGUUUGAGGAUGAAAUGGACAUCUACGAAGAAUGGUGCCAAGUCUCACUCUUCUGCUUGCGAAAGCGAUUGA